AUGUUAAAUUCAAGCAUCUACAGUGCUGAUAGCAACUCAGCCAUAAAGACAAAAGGCAAUUAAGCUCAUUUACUUUCAACUGCAAUAAGUAAAUUAGGAGAUUCAAGUUUUAAAUCAAGAAACUAAGAAUCCAAAAACUUAUCUCCAGUGAGAUUAAGAUUGUUUAGAGACUCUCCAAAAAUUUAUAAAGGCCUAGAAGGUUGUGUAGUAGGAUAAUAUCAUCCUCUUGCACCAACCCAUGUAGUAUUUUCGAAUGAUAAAACACCAUCUCCUCAUAGAUCAGCAAGAACAUUUAGAGAUUCUCCAGAGAGAGCUAAGGUCAAGUUGAAUCAAUUUCAAGAUUGGAACUCUAAAUUAGACAUUCAAUUGCAAUUAUAAAAUAACUCGAUUGCAAAAUUGAACAAUCAACUCAUUCAAUAAAGUUAUUAACCCUACUCACAUAAGAGUUCUAAAUCAGACUUGUUUUCAGCAAGAACUCCAACCAACUUCUAAAAGUAUGGUAGAUAAAGUGACAUUUCAUCACUUUCCUCAAAAUUGAAUCAGAUUCCAAUUUCAUAGAUAGGCACAUAUUAAUUAGGACAUCAAAGCGAAUUAAAUGCAUUAUAGUCAUCAUUGAGUAGGAUUAUGAAAACAAGUAGAAUAUGAGAAUUAGUGAUGAUAUAAAUAAUAAUUAAAUUGCAUAAUUAUAUUAUUCAGAA